AAUUUUGUCGACUUUGACAACUUUGCGAUAUCAGAAGUGUAACCUAUCUUUUUUCACACUUGUAAUUAGUAAAAUGAAAACUUAUUAUUAUUUUAGAAUGUUUUAAAACAAUCUAUAUUAUUAGAAAAAUGAACGAGAUAGGCGUGUGCAGUGAAAUAAUAAACGAUAUAGAAGAUCUUAUUUCAGCACAAGAUAUAAUACCGAAAGAACGAUUUAAACCGUUGAAAACUGUUAAAAUUAAACCAAAAAAAACGCAGAUUGAAAGCAUUAAAUGUCCCAAUUUAACAGAAGAGCCUGUAGGUGAUAUUCCUGGGACACAAAAAAUUUAUCUAAAAACCUGGGGCUGUGCCCACAAUAGUUCAGAUUCAGAGUAUAUGGCAGGUCAGUUGGCAGCUUAUGGCUAUAAAAUAGUUGAAGAUAAGUUUAAAGCUAAUUUGUGGUUACUAAACAGUUGUACAGUUAAGAAUCCUGCAGAAGAUCAUUUCAGAAACGAAAUUAAUCUUGCUAAAAGCUUGGGAAAAUAUGUUGUGGUGGCAGGAUGUGUUCCACAAGGUGCUCCCAAAGCAGAUUUUGUUCGAGGUCUAAGUAUCAUUGGUGUACAACAGAUAGACAGAGUGGUUGAAGUCGUUGAAGAAACAUUAAAAGGUAACAGUGUUAAAUUGACGGGAGUCAAAAAAGAAAAUGGCAAAAAAAUGGGAGGUGCAUCUCUACUACUGCCAAAGAUUAGAAGAAAUCCUUUAAUUGAAAUUAUAGCCAUAAACACUGGCUGUUUGAAUCAGUGUACUUAUUGUAAAACAAAACAUGCACGAGGAGACCUGGGCAGUUAUCCUCCAGAGGAAAUUGUUACUAGAGCAAAGCAAGCUUUUAGUGAAGGUGUUGUUGAAAUAUGGUUAACAUCAGAAGAUACAGGAACAUACGGACGUGAUAUAGGCACAAGUUUACCAGAACUAUUAUGGCAGUUGGUAGAAGUAAUCCCAGAAGGAUGUCGUUUACGAUUGGGCAUGACGAAUCCACCUUACAUUUUAGAGCACUUGGAGGAAAUUUCAAAAAUAAUGAACCAUUCACGAGUUUAUGCCUUCCUACACGUUCCUGUUCAAUCAGGAAGUGAUCAGGUUCUUGCUGAUAUGAAACGAGAAUAUUGUAGAGAAGAUUUUGAGCAUGUUGUCAAUUAUUUGAAAGAAAAAGUUCCCGGCAUAACAAUAGCAACAGACAUAAUUUGUGGAUUUCCUACUGAAACAGAAAAAGACUUUGAUGAAACCUUGUCUCUGUGUGAAAAGUAUAAGUUUCCUAGCCUUUUUAUAAACCAAUUUUUUCCAAGACCUGGUACGCCCGCCGCUAAAUUUCAAAGAGUUCCCGCUCAAGAUGUAAAACAACGAACCAAAAAACUCACGGAUCUCUUUCACUCAUACCGGCCAUACGAUCACAAGAUUGGGGAAACGCAGGAGGUGCUUGUGACAGAAACAUCGCACGAUAAAAAGCAUUACGUCGGUCAUAAUAAAUUUUACGAGCAAGUUUUGAUUCCUUUAAAUGAUAAAUUUAUGGGUAAAAUAGUUAAAGUAAAAAUCAUUGCAACUUCUAAGUUUUCUAUGACAGGGGAACCGCUAGAUAAAGUGGUAUCUGCUGGACUUGUUAAGCCACUUAAAAGGGGAUGUGUUUCAGGGUUAAAACAACAAGAAUAUAAUUUUAAGUUACCUAUAGCUGUAGGUAUAGUAGCAAUUUCUUUGCUUUUAAGAAUAAUCUGGGUAUUUUUAUAAUAUUUAAGUUGUUAUACCCAUUUAUUAAAAGUUUGAAAUUAAUAUUUUGUUAAAAACAAUGUAAUCACUGACUUGUUUCUUCAAGUAUUAAAUUA